AUGUCCAUCUCUGAUUUCUGGGUACAUCGACUAAUAUCAACGGCCACGCCAUCUCCAGUGCCAUCAUGUUCGAGUGCCACUUCUGAAGACUAUUCGAAGGCAUCAGAAGCUACAACGUUGCUAAAACCUGAGGCACUAAAGCCAGCGAUAGAUUAUGGUGCACUGCAAUUGCUCCAGUUGCAAAUGAUGUGGCAGCCACAAUUCCUUCAAAAUUUCUUGGCGAUGAUGCAAAUUGAGCAAGAACAGCAAAAGGAACACCAAAGAUUUAAGGACAUAGUCACUAAUGUUGUUGUGAAUUCUCGAAAAAGACCACCGUCGGCGAACGAGGCGAAGAAAUCAAAGCAGCGCAAACUGAACAACGACGCCAUGAACGCGUCUCCAGUCAGUGGAAUGUUCAUAAAGGACGAAUCAUCUGUUCCAUCUGCGGAAGAACUUCAGAAGGAUGCGAAUUUGUUAGACGAGACCGCCGCAUAUGUUGAAGUAUCGGAGGAGAGCAGGAAAAAGAUAAAGGCUAUUGAAAACGUUAUUGGCGAUUCUGUGUGUUGCUUGUGCAAGGUGCGUUACGAUGAUGUUUUCAAACUGGCACAACAUCGCUGUCCUCGAAUCGCUCAUGAGGAGUACCGUUGUCCAGAAUGCGAUAAGAUCUUUUCUUGUCCGGCAAAUCUGGCUUCUCACCGUCGUUGGCAUCGACCAAGAGAACAGAUGGAGACGUUACGAUGUAGCAUGUGUAUGACGAUGUUCAGCACUCGCAAAGAAUUGAAGACGCACUUGUGUCAGGAAACACCGACUGCACCUGCUAUGAGAUUCGGUACACUCUUCACCAGUUUAAUUCCUAGUCCUCUCAAACUCGAGAAACACUGA